UGAGGAGUGUGAUCGUGCGUGUUCCUCAGCAGCUCGAGGCAGAACCUCCUGCUCUCGCCGCUCACCUGGCUCACGAGGACGCUUCAGGACGCAUGGACCGGAACCGGAAGUUACCGAGAGCUGUGGCUUCUGAUGGCAGCCUUGAGGAGCCUCGGUGUGGUCCGGUCCGGUCCCAGUCCCGGUCCCGGUCCCAGAGCAGCUCUGGUCUGGAGGAGGAGGGGGACGGCGCUGUAGACGGACCCUCAGAGACCGACUCUGAUGGUUUGGGCCGGUCUGACGAGGGGCUGGGGGGCCGGCGGGGCCGGCUGUACUGCGGCAAGACCUUCCUGCAGGAGGGCAGCGUCCGCUACCACCAGCUGAUCCGCGCCGGCGCCCAACCCUACGGCUGCGGCCGCGGGUUCCGGUCCAAGUCCCAGAGGAAGGUCCACGUGUGCGCCGCGGACGGGAAGAGGAUCAGGAAGACCCGAACGCUGCGCCGCUCGGAGUGCGGCGAGACGUUCGGCAGCCGGCCGCUGCUGACGGUGCACGAGCGCGUGCACGAGGGCAUGCACGAGGGCGUGCACGAGGGCAAGCGGCUGCACACCUGCGGCUUCUGCGGCCUGCGGCUGCUCUUCAGGUCCUGCCUGGAGAAGCACCUGCGGGGCCACACCGGGGAGCGGCCCUUCGGCUGCACCGCCUGCCACAAGCGCUUCCGCUGGGCGUCGCAGGUCAAAAACCACAAAUGCGCCCCCCCUCCGGACCCCGGGAAACACCCCUGCCCCGACUGCAGCGCCGCCUUCCCCACCAAGGCCCGGCUGCUGGUGCACCUGCGGGGACACCAGGGGAAGCAGCUGCACACCUGCAGCGUCUGCGGGACGCAGCGCCGGUUCAAGUCCCAGCUGGACGUCCACAUGAGGAGCCACACCGGCGAGAAGCCCUUCCGCUGCUCCGUGUGCCAGAAGGGCUUCGCCCAGCCCAGCCGGGCCCGGCAGCACCAGCGGGCGCACGCCCGGGACCGGCCCUUCAGCUGCCGCCGCUGCGGCGCCGCCUUCGCCUGGAGGUUCCAGGUCAAGACGCACCGCUGCCGGGCCGGGGAAGCGCCGGCGCCGCGCGGGAGCUCUCCUGAACCUGCUGACGGCGAGUCCUGGAGACGGACCCAGCAGGUCCGGUCCCGCUUCACCUACUACAGAAGGAAGAAGGACAGGAGCCAGAACCCGGGCCAACACCCCGCCCUGGAAACAUGCACCAAGUCCAGACCUCCUCAGUCCGCAAACAGCCAACGCCAGACCAGCACCGGGCCGCCGGAGUCUGGCUCACCGGGCCAGAGGACCGGCACCUGGGGGUCCAGACCCGACGGAGGUGGAUCCCGGAUCCAUUCUGAAGUCAACCAGACGGCAGAUUCGGCCCCUGAGGGUCUCCACCGAGCCCCGCCGGCGCCUCCUCACAUCAAGGAGGAGCCGCAGGAGUCCAGGAUCAGCCAGUCCUCCGGUCCUGAUCCGGUCAGGAGGGAUCGCAGUGGACCGGCAGGAGCCGUCCCCGUGAAGACCGAUGGCCACGAGAACCCUGAGAACCCUGAGAACCCUGAGCCAAGCUCUCACCAUCCUGCUGGGCCGUGGACGGGUGGAGGUUCAGGGUGUAGCGAGCGCCGGCUGCUGGAUCACAGCUGCCUCCGCCCCGCCUCCCCGCCGCGCCCCGCCUCCGGCCGCCUCCGCCCGGCCUCGCCGCCGCGCCCCGCCUCCGGCCGCCUCCGCCCGGCCUCGCCGCCGCGCCCCGCCUCCGGCCGCCCCGCCUCGCCGCCGCGCCCCGCCUCCGGCCGCCUCCGCCCGGCCUCGCCGCCGCGCCCCGCCUUCGGCUGCCCGCUGUGCCGCCGCGGCUUCGGCAGCCGGGAGGAGCUGAGCGCGCACGCCGCGGCCCACGUCUCGUGCUCGGUGUGCGACGCCGCCUUCGCCGACGCCGACGCGCUGAUGCUGCACAUGAGGAGUCACGGCGCGCAGACGCGCUUCAGCUGCUCCGUCUGCGGGAAAGACUUCGCCUGGAGGCGGCUCCUCGCCCGGCACAUGGAGGUCCACGGCGGGGACCGGGUCCAGCGGGCCCGCCCCGCACGGCGCCGCACAGUCCUCCGCCGGAACAACGCCGACUGGCCUGCAGGACUGGGACCAGGACCGGGACCGGGACCGGGACCGUACUGCCAGCCGGACAGUGAGGACACUAAGGACAGUGAGGACAGCGACUUCUGGAAGGACCGGCGGACGCCUCCGGGCUCUCCGGGCGGCGCCGGAGCAGCAGAGGUGAAGCGGGAGAAUCAGGAGGAGCCGAUCCGCAUCAAAGAGGAGCCGCUGGAGGCCCCGGGGGGACGGUCCACCUUCGGCCCCGUCCGUCUGACGGGGGACCGCCGUGGACCGGAGGCGGGACCGUUGGACUCCUCGGAGACAGACGUCAGUGAUGAGGACUGGACUCGACCGGUGGGCUGGAACCAGGUGGACGGCGGGGACGGUGUGGACGGUGGGGACGGUGUGGACAGCGACUUCUGGAAAGACGAGUGGUGACCCGGCUCUGGUUGGACUGGUCCUUGGUGAGGAGGUGGGACGGACGGCGGUCUGAGGACAGCGACUGGUUCAGCAUGAAGACGUCUCAGGCGGGUUCGAACCCCAGGACGUCCCUCAGGUUCCCCCGAGGACGUUCAGAAGACGUCCGUCCCUCUGCACGCUCUACACACAACACACAGCAAGAAGACACAACAGGACAGACAGGAGACACACAGCAGUACACUGUUCAACUCACAAUUCUCUGUGUACCAGUGUGUGUGUGUGUGUUUUCCUUGUGGGGAUAGGAAAACCUGCACGAUGUGCCUUGUGGGACCUUCUUCCGGUCCUAAUGAGGGAAACAGUGUUUUCUUGACCAUGUUGUUUCUGAGAAAA